UGCCGUGUUCCUGAGUUUUCGCGCCACACGCACUCGACCUUGCCUGCUUUUGUGCUCGUGCAGCUCAUUAAGUUCGUACUGCUCAAUUAUGGAUAUUCGCGGGGAAAAUAUCAAAAGUAACGGUGAAUCAGCUGGGCAAAUUGAUGAUCAAGACUUCCCCGCCCUUCCAAAAGCUGGAUCCUGUCGUCCAGUGAAGAUUCCAACUGCUGUGUUACCAUCCUAUCACACAAGGACAACAGAGGUUUUGGAAAUACCACUUGAAGAAAGACGGUUUGUAAAUCAGGAGAAUGAAAAUCCAGCAGUUGGUAAGAGGUUCAAUGUUCAGACCAAAGUUUGCAUGGAUAUCGCAAGAGACACUAACGUUGAGAUGAAUGUAAACACUUCUAAGAACCAUGUCCUGACGAUUAUUAUCUCAGGAGAACCUGGUAAAGUAGCCGAAGCGAAGAAAAGAGUUGCUGCGGAGCUACAACAACAGGAGACUGUGCGGAUACCUGUCCCUGUUGAAUAUCGUGGUUAUUUAAUUGGUCGCAAGGGUGAGCGAUUACAAGAGCUGGAAUCGUCUACAAUGACACGAAUCAUUUUCCCGCCUAACAAUGCACUUGACCCAAAUGUUGUUAUUGUAUCGGGUCCUAGGAGAGGAAUUAUAGAAGCGGAACAAUUAAUACAUGAGAUUGUAAACAGACAAUCCCAACAAGGAUUUGAACGGUUGUCAAUACCCAAGAUCUAUCAUCCCUUUAUAUGUGGUCCGAACAGUCAAUUCGUAAAUGAUCUAAAAUCUCGAACCGAUACGAAAAUCAACAUUCCUCCUCCUAGUGUACCAGUUGAUGAAAUUACAGUAUCGGGCAAACGUGAAGGUGUAGCGCAAGCAGUAAAAGAAAUCAAAGCAAUUUACCAAGAGCGGCUUGAAACUACAAAGACAAUGGUUCUAAAGGUGGCUAGAUCACAACAUCGCAUCAUAUAUGGUCAACGAGGCUCUGGAGUUGCAGAUAUUAUGGCUCAAACUGGUGUUUCAGUUGAAUUGCCGCUGGACGAUGGUAAUGAAGAAAUUGUUUUGCGAGGGAAACCUGAAGAUCUUGGCCGGGCUGUGUCCAUGGUUUAUCAACGAGCCCAAAGCUCUGUAUUGGAGGAAAUUGAGGCACCCCAUCGCUUUCAUAGACUUUUAAUUGGUAAAGGUGGCGCCAGUCUGUCGGAGUUACUCGAUGGAUAUAAGCGAGUUCAAGUAAAUUUUAAAGAAAACUCCGACAAAAUCAUUGUCGAAGGUCCUUCAGAGGAAGUUGAAGUUAUUGUUGAGCGCCUAAGAAGUCGACUGGAAGAGUUACAAUCUACUGUUGCUAUGUCGACGAUAAAAGUGAAUCCUAAGUACUAUCGACAUAUCAUUGGAAAGCAAGGAGCCACAAUUGGUCGCUUUCGUGAAUACAGAGUACGAGUAUUGCUUCCUAAUUCUGAACGGGGAGAUUCUUUUGCAUCUGACGAAGUGGUUAUAGAAGGGGAUCCUGCUGGAGUGGAAAAGGCAAAGCUAGAGAUCCAAAAACUCGUAGAAAAAUUGGAAAAUGAAAAAUGUAAAGAUGUGAUUAUUGACCCGCAUAUUCAGAGUCUCUUACGUUCUAACGUUAAUGGAAAUCCGCCGUAUAUUCGUGCAAUUUACGAUGCCUUUCCACAAGUGCGUAUUAUAUGGCCUGAAAGUGAAUCAACUGAUUUAAUGUUUGCGGAAAAUCCAACCAAAAGUAUUGUACAACUCCGUGGUGAUCGUCAACAAGUUGAUGGAGCCGGUGAAAAGCUUCAAAAGCUUAUCAAGCAAGUUAUUGAAGAAAACUACAGACAAGAAAUACAUAUCUUGAAGGGGAUACGGGCUAGUUUUCUUGGGCGUGAAUUCCCGAAAGUCCGUAAACUUCUAGAUGAUACACAUACACGUCUUCAAUUUCCAAAUCCCAAUUCUGAUUCCGAUGUAUUCACUGUGAUUGGACGUGAGGAGAAUGUACGCCAAGUAAUAGAACAAUUAGAGGAGAUGCAAAAGAAACUGGCUUGUGCUAAAGAAGUUAUGGUUUCAAUACCAUCUGCUUUGACAACUAAAUUCGCUGGCGAGCAAGCUCCUAGUCUACGAUCCAUUUGUGAACAGUGUGAAGGUGUUCAUAUAAGAUUUGCAAAUAAAGGUGGUAAAAAUCAAUCAAACAGAACGGCCGCCAAAAAAUUAAGUCAUAUGGAUAUAAUCGUACUUGGUCCUGAAAAAGAGGUUGAUCAAGCUUGUGCCCUUCUAGCUGAACUUAAUGCUAAAGUGUCCGAGUUAUGUGCUGAAGAAAUCGUUCGUGCGAAUCCUCGAUUCCACGGCAUUCUAAUUGGCCGUCAUGCUUCCAAUAUAAUACUGUUUCGGAAAAAGCAUAACGUGGAGUUGAUUUUCCCAGAUCGAUUGGAAUCUGAUCCGAAUUUGGCUAGCGAAAUACGUAUUGUUGGCACAAAAGAGUCCGUUGGAGAAGCUAAACGUCAUUUGGAAUCUGUGAUAAAGUCUUUGGAAGAUGAAGUAGAGGAGUCAGUUGCUAUUGACUGGAGUAUAUUAAAAGAAAUCAUUCAAUAUCGUCGUUCCUUCCCUACUCCCGAAUUAGAUGGUGUCCGUGUAAUCAUUCCUCGUUAUGCUAAUUAUGCCAGUUACAUUCAGCCUGAUUCAGAUAAUUCCAUGGGAAACCAUUACGAACCUUUGUUCAUUAAAUUACUCGGCUCUAAAGCUUGUGUUGAAACUGCGCUACACGCUUUGAAUAAUAUUAUCAAAGAGGUUAAAGAACAAGUAACUCAGGAAUUCCCGUUAACAGAUCCUAGUCAUAUCAUUGUACUCGAGCGCAAUCGAUCGCAGCUACCUGAAUUGGAACGUAUGCACAAAGUGUAUAUUAGAUUAAUUCGAUCGACAGAAAACUCAGAACCAAAUUAUUCAACAUUAGAAGAACGGUUUGGCAAUUCACCAGAACCUCAUGUCCUCGGUAUUCUUACGAUAACCGGUGUUAGAGAACGAAUAAAUCAAGCUUUUGAAGAUGGUAUAAAGCCUCUCCUGCCAAUUGAAGAUACUUUUCCAGUACCUCAAGAAUUCCAUCGUAGUCUAAUUGCCGUUCCAACUGAGAUAUCGAAUUCCCGUGAGCAAUCACGUCGACUAACUCGUGGUGUUAAUAAUACUAAGCAAGCUACACCACCGGAUCAAGCAACCAAUACAACAGAAAGUCUAUCUAAAGCAAUAGAAAUUAGGCGAAAGUAUUCCGUUACUAUACGUCUACCGCCUCAACAUCCCGCUGGAUCAAAUUUCAUUUUCUUACGAGGUACACCGAGUAACAUAGCAGCAGCUAAACACGAAUUAACUGAAUGGCUUAAAGAAUGUGAAGCUGCUAAAGCUGAUCGAAUUGCGCGUAAUUAUGAAGAAGCAAUAGACUUUCCUCAUCGAUUUUUACAAACUAUCCUUGGUAUGCGAGCUGAUAUCUGUUCUAAACAUGAAGUUGUUAUGCGUUUGGACACGGGUACGGUUGUGAAGCCGGCAGUACUGCCACCAUCACCGUCACCCCUAACAGCACCUAUCACACCAGCAGCAUGUGAGGCAUCAUCCAACAACACCGUUGAAAUUAGCGGUGAUAUAACUUUCUCAGGUAUUUCACAACCACUUGUUAGCAAUGGUGAUAUGUCGAAUGUUAGUGAGCCGUGCGCAGAAGUAACUACAGAGAAACAAGCUAGAAUUAUCCUUCGUGGUUAUCAAGACCAUGUCUCAGCUGCUAAAGCUGAAUUGACUAACACGAUAGCUAAAUUGUUGGCCGAAGUUACUGAGAAUUUAUUCAUUCCUGUAGAGACGCAUGCUCGAUUAAUUGGUACCAAAGGUAGUGCAAUUCUAAAGGUCAUGCGAGAAUACAAUGUUCGUAUCGAUUUUCCGAAUAGAAGAAAUAUCAACAGUGCAAGCGAAGAUGUGAACACUGUGUUGGUGUCUGGUGCGCCUGAAAAUGUUGACAUGGCAUGCGAUUACCUAAUUACAAAAGCAAAUGAGUUUCUGGCGCAAAGUGAAUCAUCCAAUGUUAGACAUCGACUGUUGGAGGAGGAGAUAUAAAGUCGAAGUAAUUUGCUCACUUGUUCUUUUUUCGGACAGAUUUACUGUUUAUUGUUUUCUGCAUGUUUAAUUAAUACUCACCAGAGAUUGAGGUCAAACUGUUUUUUGUUCCUCUUGAGGAUGCGUCCCAUGUACUUGUGUGUAUGUGUGUGUGGAGGGGGGAGUGUAUGCUAUAUGUGCCUUAAAUCUUGUCAUUUUGAUGACAGAACAUAUUUUUUUGAAUACUGUAUCUUUGUUUUGCUAGUUGUGUUACUUAGUUCAUGUUCUUCUGCGCCCCUCCCCUCGCCUUUUUGGAGUUAUGCUUUUUGUCAACCUUCUCUCUCUCUUUUUUCUGUUAUAUCAUUUACUCACAUGUUAUCUGUGUUAUUCUGUUGUGUAACUGACCCCUUAAUGGUGUCUGUUAUCCAUACAGACGUGUUUUCUCUAGUGAGUAACUACGAUUUACUUUCCUUUUUUCUCUUUUCCCCUUUGUUUGUUUUUGCUGGUUAUAUUACAUUUUCUAACACUUUGUUUUUUUCUCAACUGAAUAAUGCAUCCAAAUUCAAUAUUACAAAUAGUGAGGAGAAAUUUUUUUUACAAAACUUUCUGGUACACACCUUAUUUUUCUUAUAUCCAUCACUAAUACCUCCGACUAGUCAAUAGAGAAUACACAAACGCACACGUAUCUAAUUACACACACACACACAGACGUACAUAUACCGUUUGUUCAACUUCCUGACCGCCCCGACUCUUUAUCAUCAUCUCUGUGUGCAUGUUUCACUGUUGUUGUUUUUUUUUCAAUAGGAAAAACGCGAGAAUAAAGAACAGGGAGAGCAAUUACUACUUCAGACAAUGUUCUCACAGUCAGCAUGUUUCUGUUUUGUUUUUUUUUCUAAAAUAAACUGUGUUUCGUUGAGGAUAAA